GGUGCAGGAGUGGGGGGGUCUCUCCUCCACAUGGGGUUGCUGGGCCGAGGGUUGGCCCCAGCCAGGCCCUAUUUUCCCUGGAUAGAGACUUUCAGUCCUACAGGGGAGCAGGAACAAUCUGCACUGGGGGGGGCUGAGACCCAUUGAACCAAACUGCAAACCCUGCAGAUGCUGGGAACCGCUUCAAGCCCGGUGGGGCAGCAGCAGCCGUUAAUCCAGCCCCUCUGGAAGCUUGGGAAGGGGGUGCCCGGCGCUGUCCCCGCUAGAGGGCUCUGGGUCUGGCUCAGGGAGGAGAGGCGGCAGCGCUCUCCCCCUCCCCGGGCAGUGUGUUUCCUGUGAUCAGCAGAUCAGGGGGCUGAACUUCCCAGGUUAGCGGCUGCUGCUUCCGUAGCGCAGAGCCAGGCCCCCGCUGUGCCUAGCCCGGGUGGGGACCGUCUGCUGCGGCUGCAGCCAGCCCCGGGCUCUGCCCGCACCAGCCCCGAGCCGGAGCCUGCAGGUGCUUUAAAGGAGCCGCCCGCGUGUUCCCGAUGGAGAAGUGGCUCUUCCUAGAUCCUCGGCAGAGGGCCCUGUACAGAGAUGUCAUGCAGGAGAGCUACGAGACCCUGAUGUCCCUCAAAUAUCCCAUCCCUAAGCCGGAUGUGAUCUCCCGGCUGGAGCAAGGAGAAGAGCCGUGGGUCCCCCCGGAUCUCCAGGGCUCUGGGGGACGGGCCCUCCUGAGAGGCGCCAACCCAGGGACCGCGAGCGAGACUGAGGGGGAAGCUCCACGGCCAGAAGGCCCCGAGACGGCAUCAUCGGGAAGCAGCUGGGGGAAGAUGGGCCACAAUCCCAAAGGGGGCAAAGCCGGCAGGUCCGGAGGCCAGCAGGGAAAGCCGCCGGGGAAGAGACAGGGCAGAGAAGCUCCAUGCAAUGGAGGCUUCAAGAAAGUCCGGGAUGGGGCGGCCCCGCGGAGAGGCCGAUUGGGGGAGAGCUCCCAAGCCAGGCUCAGUGUGGACAGUAGGCAACUUCCUGCUGGAGAGGAGCCGUCUCUGUGCCCGGAGUGCGGUGAGAGCUUUACGGAGAGCUCCGCCCUCCUUACCCACCAGAGAUCCCACGUGGGGCAGGGCUCCUACCCAUGCCUGGAGUGUGGGGAGAGCUUCAUCGAGAGCUCCGCCCUCCUUACGCACCAGCAGUCCCACGCGGGGCAGGAACCCAGCCCACGGCGCCGGCCCCAGGCCCCCGGCGGGAAGCGUUACCGCUGCUCGGAGUGCGGGGAGCGCUUCCGGGUCAGCUCCCACCUGGCCACCCACCUGCGCCUCCACACUGGGAUCAAGCCCUUCCAAUGCGCCGACUGCGGGAAGGGCUUCGACUGGGGCUCGCACUAUGCCCGGCACCGGCGGCUGCACACCGGCGAGCGGCCCUUCCAGUGCACCGACUGCGGGAAAUGUUUCGGGCGCAGCUCCCACCUCUACCGGCACCAGCGGGCCCACGCUGGCGGGAAGCCCCUGGAGUGCCCGGACUGCGGCAAGGCUUUCAACAGUAGCGCCUUCUUCCACAAGCACCAGCGGGCCCACGCCGCCCCCCGGCAGCCCCACCGCUGCCCCGAGUGCGGGGAGAGCUUCCCCCGCAGCACCGCUCUCGCCCGGCACCGCCGGAGCCACCGGGGCGACAAACCCUUCCAGUGCGGGGACUGCGGGAAAGGCUUUGCCUGGAGCUCCCACCUGGAGCGGCACCGGCGCGUCCACACCGGCGAGCGGCCCCACACCUGCGGCGAGUGCGGGGAGGCUUUCAGCCAGAGCGCCCACCUGGUGAAACACAAGCGGGUGCACACGGGCGAGAGGCCCUACGGGUGCCCAGACUGCGGGAAGAACUUUGGGGACAGCUCAGCGCUGGCCAAACACCGGGGGUGCCAUGCCCGUGAGGAGAGACGCCACCUGGCUGCGAAAAGCCUGACGGCAGAGAGACCCCAUCGGUGCGGCGACUGCGGGAAAAGUUUUGCUCGGAGCGCGGCGCUGGUGAGGCACCGGAAAAGCCACGCGGAGAGGCAACCCGACGAUGGGGUGAGCUCCGCCCAGACAAGCCCCACGGGGGAGAACUCCUCCCAUCCCUGCCCCGACUGCAGGAAAAACUUCCCUCGAGGCUCCCAGCUGGACAGACACCGGCGUCUCCUCCACACAGCGGGUCAGCCCCACCGGUGCCCACAGAGCACAGCGCUGGCCAAGCAUCGCCGGGGUGACAGACCCUUCCGAUGUGGGGACUGCGGGAAAGCCUUCGCCUGGAGCUCGCACCUGGAGCGGCACCGGCACAUCCACACCGGCGAGCGGCCCCACACCUGCGACGAGUGCGGGGAGGCCUUUAGCCAGAGCGCUCACCUGGUGAAACACAAGCGGGUGCACGCAGGCCAGCGGAAGAGCUUCGGGGACAGCUCGGCACUGGGCAAGCACUGGGCUGGCAAAGAGGACACAUCUCACCGCUGUGGCGACUGUGGGAAAAGUUUCAGCUGCAUCACGGACCUCAACCGGCACCAGCCUUCCCACGCGGCGGAGAAACCCUACCAGUGCGGGGACUGUGGGAAAAGCUUCAGCCAGACACCAGCACUGGCCAGGCACCGGCGGCUUCACGCCACUGGGGGGAAACCCUUCCACUGCGCCGACUGUGGGAAGAGAUUUGCCUGGAGUUCCCACUGGGAGCGGCACCGGCGCAUCCACACCGGUGAAAAGCCUUUCCAGUGCGCCGACUGUGGGAAAUGCUUCGGCCGUAGCUCCCAUCUCUACCGGCAUCAGAGGAACCACCCCGGAGAGAAACCCUCCUCCCAAGGGGCUGAGUAAAGGGGAACGUGACCAUCAGGAAGGGACCCUAAUGAGACAACAGGGGAACCAACCCCAGGAACCCUUCUGCCAAAGGGGCAAGGUGUCUGCCAGGGAUGAGAUAACAAGGAGUCCACCUGGGAGAGGAACCCCUUUGAGUCUGAGCCGUAUUAGGCAUCGGGGAAGCCUUUCAGGGCUAAGAAAUCCAAUCCACGCGCUAACCAGGGAUAACACUCCUCCAUCACGCGUGUUCGGCUGCCCCCAGCCGCUGAUCAGUGAUCCCUGGUGGCCGGCAUGCCAUGAAGUGGGAUCUCCUCCUCUCACCCAAGUUGGAUGGGAAGCAGCACGGGCAGGGAGGGAGAUGGGGGAGGUGCUGUCACUUUCCCUACCGCACAUCGACCUCUGACCCAGGUCACCAGAGGAUUCAGGGGGCCUGGGGCAAAGCGGUUUCGGGGCCCCUUCCAUAAAAAGAAAGUUGCAAUACUAUAGAAUAUUAUAUUCUCGUGGGGGCCCGUGUGGGACCCACAGCCUGGGGCAAAUUGCCCCACUUGCCCCCACCUCUGGGCAGCCCUGCCCCUGACGUCCACCCUCACGCAGGCCCUCUCCCCUGUCUUUAUCUCCCCUCCACCGGGCAGGCAUCAGGGCCUCCUCCUGCUCGUCCGUGGAUGAAAUAAAGGCUCGAGAGAGAAGCUUGUCGCACAGAACAAUCCGGGACCCAGUGGUGGUUUCAGAGGAGGCACGAGAUGGGAGGCGGGGAAAGGCAGAGGUGCCGCUUCUCAGCAGGCAGCACCCAGCACUCAUGCACUCUGGAGGAGAGGAGGCCAGGCUGCAAAGGUCGAAACGGAGAACCCCUGGAACUGGGAGGCAGAUCGGACCCAGGGGACUCAGUGCUGCAGGAUAAGGGCGCAUGUCGGGAUGGUUUCCUGCAAGGGUUCACAGGCAAAGAGCUCGAAGUCCCAGGAGCAAUCGGGGCUGCAUGCCACAUUUACAUCAUCCCCCCUUAGCCGCAGCAUCACAUUUAUACCACUCCCCAUUAGCCAGAAUGUCACAUUUAUGCCAUUAGCUGGAGUGUCACAUUUAUACCAUUCCCCAUUAGCCGGAGUGUUGCGUUUACACCAUUCCCUGUUAGCCGGAACACCACAUUUUAUACCGUUCCCCGUUAGCUGACCGAUUCUUAGAGCUGCUGUGUCAGGGCACGUUUCAAAGCAGGAUCCAGGAUUUACGCCGAUGCCGACGUUGGUAGUCAAGACUAGGAGAAAAGAGGCUGAAAUGGGGGGAAGAAAGCAAGACCCUGAUCCCUUUAGUGGUUCCUGAUGCCGUCAGGAGGAAAGGUAGGAGGAGGAGGGAGGCAAGAGCUGGUCGAAAUGCUGGGAUUGAACCAGGGACAGCCAGAGUUAAAAGUGUGAGUAGCUGCUACAGCUUGAGUUAAAGCGUUGAGUCUGGCUCUGUCACAACUCAUGCCUUGUGGAUUGGCAGAGAGGGGGACUGGGAAUGAACACUCACCGAGUGGAUGACAUAGGGACACCGCCAGGUUUGUUCUUGGGGACCAGGUGACUGAGAACUGUUAACUCAGUGCACAGGUGAGAGGCAGGAGAUUCCUCCGGGGCCGGCUGCAGUGUGGGAAGGGCUGGGAGACCAUCCUGGGAGGAGUAAUCCCAUAAUCCUUAGGGGAUGACCCUGAGCGGGACUGAGAAGGAAGUCGGGGGGAGAUGACGCCCCUUAGUGGGUCCUGAAUCUAGGCUGGGUCCCGUCACUUAGCACAGCUGGUCACCUGUCCUGGGUGGGGAUGACAGAGACUAUCUGUGUCCCAUUCACCCCCACUAACCUGCCCCGGGGGGAUAAAAGCCUCAGCUGGGAUUGGAGACCCAGAGGCUGCUGUGAUUUGCCCCCUGCUGAUGAGGCCACCUGCUGGCAGAGAAGGGGUUAAUGCUGCACUAUCUGGUGCCACUAGCAAUUGGAUCACUGAACUCCACUUUCUCUAAGCGUUUGCACUGUUGCCUCUUAGAGAACAGUGUGGCCUAGCAGGUCAGGGACUGGCCUGUAAAUCAGGAGACCUGGGCAAGACACGUACCCUGCCCCAUGCCUCAGUUUCCCCUCUCUCCCUUUGUCUGUUUAGACUGUGAGCUCCUUGGGGCAGAGGCUGUGGGUUCAUCUAGCAUCCAGCACAGGCUGAUCCUACGAUAUUCCAUCAUGUGCCCAGAACCCCAGCAGUUAGAACUGAGGUCAUAGACUCCCCACCACCUGUAAUCCUGUCUACACAGGAUCCCUGUCUGUCUGUCUCUCCACUGGUCUGUGCUUUCUCCAUCCACUCUGAAGAGCUGGAUUUCUGCUGAGGGAUGGGGUGGUCCCUGAGCAGC